CGCUUUAUUAUUGUUUUCGAAACAUCCCAAUUUUCCGCGUUCCUUUAAACAGCACUUAACAGCAGUCAAUUUCGAUCAAUAAGGUUUAAUUCGACUAUUACAAUGUUACCAGAAACAACCAAAGUGAACAGUACUUUUAUUUCGGAAAAGGUUUCCCGUAUUCGCUGGGUACCGGAGCAGUACGACGAGUCCAGUAGCUUCAUCAGCGCCGGCUGGGACUCGGACGAGAACAGUGUCAAGGUGUGGAAACUGUUCCGGAAUGAUUACGGAAUUGGUAGCGAUGGCGAAGACGAGAAUGAAUUCGUGCCUAAGUGCAUGGCAGAGGUAUGCUUUGCCGGAGACAUUAGUGGACUGGAGUUCGUCGACGAACGGACGAUUGUGGCUUCCAACAGCGAGGGCUUCAUAAGCGUCCUCGAGUUAAACCGGGAUAGGGAUGAAGAUAAUUUACAGGAAGUGCAUCGUUUCACGAAUCUACACCAUUUUGAUACAUUCAGCGCGUUAAAUGCGGCGCCUUGUACCGGACUGUCGGUUCACGAAUCGGAAGUGGCUUCCGUCGGAGAAGAUGGCCGCCUGAAUGUAGCCUCCAUCAUCGCACAGAAAGUGCUUCGAAAUAUAUCUGGAGCAGAUAGUUGCACCAUCAAUUGUGUGGCGUUUUUAAGUCCACGGGAAAUUUUGACAGGAAACCGUCUUGGAAUUAUAAAAUGUUUCGAUAUUCGAAACGAAAGCCAAAAACCAUCCGGUAGCUUCGCUAUAUCUUGCGAGGAUGAGAAAAAGUCCAACUGUGUCACCUGCCUAGCCUAUCAUCCAACACAGAAACACAUCAUUCUUGCUGGUAGUGAAGAAGGUUCCAUUACAGUUUGGGAUCUAAGACAACCGCAGUUUCCUUCUUCAUACUUGAAGGCACACGAACACGCCAUCACGGAGUUGGCUUUUCAUCGAACGCAACCAUCGCGGCUUUUCAGCGCCUCCGAAGGCGGCGAACUGUGGCAAUGGAAUCAGAAUGCUACCGCAGGGAACUCCUCAACAGGUGGGCUUAUCAACAGCACAGCAUCCGGUACUCUGUUGAUGGACUCGCAUCCUGAUACCAACAACCCAUGGCUCAAUGGAGAACGUGCCAAAAGUAAGAUCAACGUCACUUCCUUGUUAAGUGGUAUCCGUAAAGCUAUUAAUUCGUUCGAUUCCUGUCGCUCCAAGGUCAUUUGCGGUGGAGAUAACGAAGCGAUCUACUUAUUGGAAAAUGUAAUUUAAUGCGGCUACUUUUGUUAUUACAAUAAAAAUCAGCUCGAUUAAA